GGGGGGGGAAGGUGGGGGCUAGAAGCCCAGGGGCUUAAAGACAGCCCGGGAGAGACACCGCUCAGCUCGAGGAAGGAGGCGGCUCCAGGACCCCAGACAGAGGCCCCGCAGAGAUGGAGCAGAAGGCGGGGAAGCCCACUGAGGACGGGGCCACUGUUCCCCCAGCCGCGGAGGCCCCGGAGACCGCGGGAGGUGGCGGGUCUGCGGAGGAGGCGGCCGCAGGGCUUGCGGAGGAGGCGGCCGCAGGGCUUGUGGAGAAGGCAGCCGCAGGCCCCACCGAGAGCGCCGCCAGAGCGGGCCAGCAGGAGUGGGCCCCGGCCGAGGACAGCGCUCCCGCUGAAUGCCAGGCUGACGGGCUGGGUGAGGUCAAGGCGGAAUCCCAAGGGGAGGCUGGCCUUCAACAGGAAGACAGGGGGCAGGGAGAGACCACCGCGGCCCCUGGGAAGACCGACAGGAGAGACCAGACCCACUCUGAGCCCGCGGGGGCGGAGAGAGAAGGGGAGACCGCGUCAGCCUCUGAGAAGCCGAGGGCUGACGAGAAAGAGGCCAGGCCUGGGUCUAGGGAGAGCGUCGACGCGAGCGGAGAGGCCCAGGCCGAGCUGAAGCAGGCUUCCGCGGCGCAGGAGGCCGAGGCUGGAGGCAGGGAGGCCGAAGGGAAGGGCGAGGCCGCCGAGGCCCCUCAGGAGGAGGGCGGCAAGGCGGAGGAGCCCCGGGCUGCAGCCCAGGAGGAAGCUGGCGCUCCAGCGGCCCAGCUGGGCUCUCCCAAGAAGGCCGCCGGGGCGGAGGAGGCCACGCCCGAGCCACAGGAGGAGGAGGUGACGGAGGGGGUGGUGAGUGAGGAGGCGGGGAGGAGGGAGGGGGAGGGGGCCCCACGGCGGCCCAGAGUACCCCCCAGAGCCCCCGGCCCGCUUUAUUCCUCCAGGAAAGUCCCGGAGCCUGGGUGGGAGGCGGGGGGCCGGGGGAGCCGCACUCUGGCCCCGGGCUGCCUUCCAGAUCUUUCUGAAGCGCUCGCAGAGCCUCGGGCAGGCACGAGCUCACCCAGCGCGUUCCUCCAGGAGCCGGGCGGUCCUGCUGACGAGCAGGAGGAGGGUGCGGGGGCCGAGGCCGAGGACGGGGCAGGGGGGCCUCCCAGCUCCCCGGAGGGAUGGCCCGAGAGCCCCACGGAGGAGGGCGGCAGCGCCAGCCCAGAGGGGCUGAGCCCAGACACCGCGGCUUCUGAAGAGCCAGGUCCUUCAGCCAGCGGUGACUCUUCGCCCAGUGAUGUGCCCCAGAGCCCCACGGAGGCCCCUCCGCCAGAGGAGAAGAAGAAAGAGAAGGCACCAGAGCGCAGGGUGUCCGCUCCUACCCGGCCCCGGGGACCCCGAGCUCAGAACCGCAAGGCCAUCGUGGACAAGUUCGGGGGGGCGGCCUCGGGCCCCACGGCCCUGUUCCGGAACACCAAGGCGGCUGGCGCGGCGGUGGGUGGCGUUCGCAACAUGCUGCUGGAGUGGUGCCGCGCCAUGACCAGGAGCUACGAGCACGUGGACAUCCAGAACUUCUCCUCGAGCUGGGGCAGCGGCAUGGCCUUCUGCGCGCUCAUCCACAAGUUCUUCCCCGACGCCUUUGACUACGCGGCGCUGGACCCCGCGCAGCGCCGCCACAACUUCACGCUGGCCUUCUCCACCGCAGAGAAACUGGCCGACUGCGCCCAGCUGCUGGAGGUAGACGACAUGGUGCGGCUGGCGGUGCCUGACUCCAAGUGUGUCUACACCUACAUCCAGGAGCUGUACCGCAGCCUCGUGCAGAAGGGGCUGGUCAAGACCAAGAAGAAAUGAGGGGCUGGCCAGUGCUGGCCCGGAGGUUCCCUUCAGCUCCACGGAGGCGGCGGGGCUGGGCAGGCGGCCCCAGUCUUAACUGCAUUAAAGGCUGUUUUGUAAAAUCC